CACAGUUAGUGACGGGAAUGUACUGGUGUUCGUCUGAAUCUGUACUAGGAUAGAACUUACGUCAUGGAAUAUCCCCGUGUUACCGCGUUGUGUGCUUUGUCUAUUGAUUGGCGGUGUGGAAAGUAAUGAAAUCUUUUUGAUAAUAUUUAUGGCAGAUGAUUUGGUUUACUGUAGUGCGGACCUAUUCCAUUUUCAUGUAAUGUUAUGCAUUUUUUAGAAGCUUUUAUCCACAUCAAAUUUUGAUUAUGUAUUUGGUUUAAGCGUCUUUAAUAAGUAUCUGUGUUCCCUGAAAGAGGAAAGAGGUAAAAUGGGUUUCGGUCCGUUCAAGGUACACGGUGUGGCCAUGGCUUCCAAAUAUGUUGGCAAAUCUUCUAGAGCGAAAAACUAGAAGUAGAAAAAGGCAACGUUGAUAAUCGCAGUUAAUCCACAGUCAGAAGAGGAUUGAACAACACAUCGCUCUUUAUUCUGUGAGCUGAACCGAGAAAUGACUCCUCCCACAAGCUGAUAUUCCACCGGAUGCUGAUGCCAAACUUGCUAUGAAAGAACUUCAUGCAGCCAUCAGUAAACAACAGACUGCUCACCCGGAGGCUGCAUUUAUUGUUGCGGGAGAUUUUAUUCACUCUAACUUAAAGACAGUGCUCCCUAAAUUUCAUCAGCAUGUUUCCUGCCAUACAAGAGGAAACAAAACUUUGGAUCAUGUCUAAUACAAACAUGGCUGAAGUUUACACCGCGACCCCCCUCCCCCACCUGGGUUAAUCUGAUCACCUUUCUUUGUUCCUCACCUCUGAUUAAUCGUGUGAAGCCAUCAGUGAAGACCAUCUGUGAAGAGAGGUGUGGCCUGCGGGGGCAGAGUUAACACUCCAGGAGAGGUUUCUACACACAGACUGGAGUAUGUUUGCUUCUCAGGCCACCAGUGGCUCUCAUACGGACAUAGACAGCUAUACCUCCUCUGUAUUGGACUACAUCAAUACCACCAUUGAUAGUGUCACAACUCACAAGCAGAUCACCACACACCUCAAUCAGAAGCCAUGGAUGAACAAGGCCAUGUGUUAGGGAAUCCAGGCCAUUAGUGAUUACAAACCCAACCACACAUGUAUAUCACAGACUCUCAAUAUACAUUGCAUUUUGUUCGUUGGGUUUUUGUUUGUUUGCUUUUUGAGUGAUUCUGCUUCGCGCAGGUUUAAAUGCAGUUUUAUUUUUCAAUUUUUUCCAACGUUGGUAAUCUUCAAUAUUAUAUCAACAGAAUAUAAUAUUAGUGUGUUAUAUUUAAUUAUAAUUAUAAGCUUGAUGUGAAAUUGUGACUAAAUAAAAAUGUAACAUUUGUCUUUAUGAACUUAAUUUAAAUAAACAAAUAUUUGUUUUUUAUGAGCUCAAAUAUGAAAUUAUUGAAAAACGGCCAUUCCUAGUUUCCAUGCGCAGUGUCACAUGCACAUCCAGAAACAAAUCAACCUAUUUUCGCAUGUAGAUUCAUGCAAUGAUAUGAAUUUGCUCAUAUGCAAUUAAUAGAGUGCACAUCUGAGAGCAGGACACGUUGUAUGUUGCUACAUAUGUUAAUUACUAAAUACAUCAUUUUCUAUAUGAUUAUAUAACCAAUCACACAGAUUCGUUUUAACAAUGCUACUAUGCUUUAUUUAAACUUGGAAACCUUUUUAUUCAGGCGAGGAAGCUGGCGUUUUGCAUAGCAUUUGUGCACCCUCAUGCCAUAUGCCACCAGUAAUCGAUUAAUUGAUCGUAAAUUUAAAUGAAGAUAUAUUAUGGGAAUUUGUCUAAAUAGACAUCCCUACUCCUGACUCAACCUAGCACUCUGGAAAUAAAUUCUGAAUAGUCUGCAAAGAUAAUUUUGGGAUUUCAGUAACAUUGAGAUACUUGUUCUGUCACUAUAAUCUGUCACUCUACACACUAAUCUAACUCGCAUACAGAUACAAGAUCAGAUUCUGUGGAUGUUUGGACCUCAAGAGUCUCGUAUAGCUGACAAUCAUCGACUAAAACCAAACACAUAUGGUUCAGCUGGAAUGAAGUUGGACAGUCAGACUGGAUCUCUCACCAUCACAAACAUCAGAUUCAAGGACUCGGGACUUUAUAAACUAGAGAUCAUCAACAGCAAGGAAACGGCAGUAAGGAGAUUCAAUGUGACCGUCUAUGAGCGUUUGCCCGUUCCCAUCACAAACGAACCUCAACUACCCAACACCACUCUUCUCUGUCAGACGUGUUCAGAUGCGACUGCCAGCAACCGUUCACAUGUCUUUGCCAUCAUAGCAGCAGUGGUGGUGGUGGUGUUGGUGGUUUUAAUCACGAGUGUUAUAGCAGUCAAACACUGUUGGACCACUAGACACCCAGACAGAGAUAGACCCAACAGGGAUGAAGUUUCUGUACCACUAGCAGUUGCCAAUGGAGUCCAGCACCCUCCAUGCUAGGAUGAAGGCAUGUGUCUUUCAAGCAGAUCAAGAUGCUGACUGCUUCUCUAGUUAUUACUGUUUUUUACAAAUGUUAGUGUUUCACAUCUGUCACCUGAAAUGGCACUUAACACUUUGGCACUUUUUGAUGUUACUGAGAUUGACAAACAAUAUUUCUUAAAAAGUCUUCAUGCCCAAGUGGAGUAUGUCAAGAAACAAUGGCCCCCCGUUUUAUCAUAUUUUGAGAAAGUAAAAUAGGCCAAAAUACAUCAGCACAUCUUUUUAAUACUUGCAUAUUUUUUAUCUUUUUAACUUUAGAUAAUGUAUUAUUAGGGAUAAAAAUAAUAAUUAUGUGAGAAGAAAUACCUCAACUUCAUACGUGAAGAAAAGUUUACCUCACUACGCUGAUCAAAACAAAAAGCUCAAGAUGUUUGUCCCUGAUUGUGCUAAUUUGUAUUUUCUGGAAAAUGUUACGUUAUGUGUAUUAUUUUCUUUCUCAAUUUUUUUGUAUUUAUAAUAGCAGUAUGUGUUUAAUGUAUCCGUAUGUCUUGUGUUUGCAUGUUUUGUUAUGUAAAGGCCGUUUGGCUUACCCGAACUUUUGGGCCCCGGGACAAAAAAAUCUAAUUGGGCCCCCUCUGCACAGCUGUUGUUACUAAAUCUCUAGGACCUAACUGUCCAAUCAAAAGCUUUACAUUACUCUCAUUAAAGGCUUGCUACUGUCUUGCUUCUUUUAGUUCAAUACUAGCACAAUAUUUACUGCUGUUGAUUUUUUUUACAUGCAUGCAAGUCUAUUAUGCAGUUCACUGUUUGAUGCAAUAUUAAAAGAGACCAUAAAAAAUAUUUUACAUUCUCAAUGUAUUUUUAUUGUAAAAUUUGACAAAAUGUAAGAUUCUCUUCACAAAAUUAUUAUUAAUCAUUAUUUUAACUAUUAAUGAAAGAUUAAAAAAAAGAAAAACCAACAAACUUAAAUAUUUACUUUUCAAUCAAAAUAAAUGAACCCUCCUCUCCAAAUAAUGGAAAAAGCUGAUUUUUUACUAAGCUGCACAUAUAUGCCAACAAGAAAAUAAAGUGGACAUGUAAAAUUGAAUUUCCACACCAGGGUUAUUAUAGUGCUAAACGUUUCCCUGCGCUGACUAAAUGGUGAUUAAAUGCAGGCUAACACUAGUCUGAUUUAACGUAACUAGGUAAAACUUUGGUUACUGUCGUUCUGGUACUGACUUUGCCUAACACCGUCACUGAUCAAGGAGGACCAAACCAUUUCAUGCAGAUACAGGGGGGUGAUCGGUCAAUAUGGAUGUUUACUUUUAGGUCAAUGGGGAUUUUUAACUUUUGCUGCCAAAAACAAAGAGAUGAUUUAUUUUAUUAUUUAAAAAAAAUAUAUACUGAAUGAUGAUGGUUUGAUAACUUUAUAUUCGUUUUUAUCUAUUUUUGGGGCUCCUAUAAGUCAUGGGCCCUUGGAAUUGUCCUAACGUUUCCUCUAUACGGUGGCCCUCCCCUAGUGUAUAUCACGCUGCCAUGGCCAAUCACAGUGCCGUUGCCGCUUCAGUCUCCACCCAGGCUUCGACUUCAUAUUGUAGUGUCACGGAGGAUUUUAAGCGUUUCCAACAGAAACACGCCCACUCAGAGAAUCUGGGGAAAGACGUUUUUUCAUACAAAAAAUCUGCCAAGAUACGUGGAGUUGCAGUCACUCUUACAUUUUCGAGAUAUGAUGAUGUCACUAUUACCACUAUGUGUCAUGCUCUUACAAAUCAUUAUACAAGGUGUGUUUGCUGCUGAUACAGAUGAAGUGAAGACGAUCACAGUGAUGGAGGGAGAUUCAGUCACUCUACACACCAAUCUUACUCAAAUACAGAGAGACGAUCACAUACUGUGGAGGUUAAAAAAUAACAAUGGUGUCACUCUUUUAGCUGAAGUAUAUAAGCGUUACAAUGUAAACCGUAUAUACGAUGAUAUUGAUAGUGGAAGAUUAAGAGACAGACUGAACCUGGACAAUCAGACUGGAUCUCUCACCAUCACAAACAUCAGUACCGCAUACUCUACACUCUAUACACUUGAGAUGAUCAACAGCGAUGGAACCUUAUACUCAAAGUUCAGUGUAAUUGUCUCACGUCUGCCUGUUCCUUUCAUCAGCAGAAACGCUUCAAACUGUUCUUCACCAUCAAAAAGAUCUUCAGUCUCAAAAUGUGGGCCUGUAAUUGGUGAAGACCACACAGCAGUGAUCGUCAUCGUAGCAGCGUUUGCGGUCAUGGUUCUAGUAGCAGUAGCUGUCAUAGCUGUUAUUGCCUUUAAGCGCCAUAAACAAGCAGGACAGGACGUUCAAGAAAAGGAGAUGAAACUUAUGAACAACAAUGAUAUGUCACGUGAUGGCGAUGAGGUUUCUGUGCUACUAGCAGCUUCAAAUGGAGUUUCACAUGAGAGCAAUGUUCCUGUAUCUUCACUGGUAGAACAAUGCGCUGGCAACCUUAAGGGCCUAGAAGACACGCGUGCUGAAACAUGACAUGUAUAGGCAAAAUACACUUUAAGCCUAAACACCAGUGCUGUCCAUAAUCUUUGGGAUUGAGACAUUUUUCUGUGAAGCACAAUUUUUUUAGCUAUACAUAAUGUCCCUGAAUUCACCCACCAGAUCUAUAAGUGGACCAGUUGGAUCACAGCUUUGGUGAAAUUGAAACACUGAAACUUUUUUUAAGUGUAAUGAGAGAUUGUUAUCAUUUGCUGCUUUAAAACUAUUUUUCAAACUGAUGACAAAUAAUCAAAUACCUGAGAAAACAGGGAGGGUGUCAGGGGAGGUAAAGAAUCCAUACUAGAGAACAAUACAAGGUCAAAACACAGAAUAAAACCAGAAUUCACUAAUACCUCUAAGAAAUGUCCAGUUUGGCAAAACAUGAUCAACAAAGAGGAAGAGAGAUAAGUUUAUAAAAAGCUGAGGGGAGAUGAAUGAGGUGUAGCAACAAUUAGCCUUGAACAGAAUUGUGGGAAAUGUAGUCCACAGCAGGAGUUAAUACUCCGGGUAAGAGAUCUGCUGGUGAUCGAGGGAUGUCUCAGGCACAGUAUUUAUAAAAGAGCUCAGGGUUUUAAAGCAAUUUUAUGAACUUUUGUUAUUUUUAUAAAUAUUUUUAUUGUAUUUUACAAAAUGUUUUUAUCGUUAAUGUGAUUUAAUAAUGGUCUUGAACACGUGUGCUUAUGAUGGUGACUCUUCUAACUUAUUCAUGGAAUGCUCAAAUGUAGGCUACAGGAUGACUCGUUAUCAUUGUAGUCUCUAGGGUCAGUGAUUGACACAAUACUGCCAUCUAGUGCCUAUGAAUCUUAUUAAAAAAGAGGUGCGAAAACCCAAGAAAAUUAUAAUAAAGCAUUUUCAGUUUUUUUUAAGACAUACAAAAAUAUUUGUAAUAUACAACUUUGUGGUCUAUUCUAAGGACAGAAAAUGAUCUUGGUAUGUAAAAUGAACCAGUGUUUCUUUCUCCGCUAAGUUUACUACAAACAAUCACGCAUGCUCAAUGUGCCACAUGCAUCUUUUUACAUUAUAGUUUAUUAGGUGCUGUUAUAUAUGCAUCUUAAAAUACGGACAAUUGGCAAACAAAAGCUACAAGCAGAACGUUAAAAAAGUAAAGGCAGAGGCAUUACAGUAUUGUAGAAAAAAAGCAUUGUUGCAUUCCAUGAAAAGUAGGUAGUAGUAACAAAACUAAGUGGUAACCUUGACUUCCCCAUUCGAUAGCCAUUUUAUAUUUCGUUUUAAAUGUGCCUUUAAAUGACAUCAUGUUUGUAUGUUAUGAUAUUGCAAAACAUAUUUUUUUGUAAGUUUCCAGUAAUGGCGACAUUUGCGCUUAAUCAACCAUUUUUACUGAUAACAUGUUGAUAAAAAUCAUAAUAUUGUAAAUAACCCAGCAUCAGUAACAUUAAUAAAGGAUAUGAAUAAGA